AUGAGACUCUGGGUCGGGCUUGUAUGCGCCUGCGCCGCCAGCGCCGCUUUGCCAAACGGAGACCCGACGGCACCUUGUUCGGGGUAUAGAGCGUCCAACGUGGUCACCACCGACAGUGGGUUGACGGCCGAUCUGACCCUCGCUUCCGAUGCGUGCAAUGCGUUUGGAACGGACCUGAAGCACCUGACCCUCGAGGUUGUGUAUGAGACAGACGACCGUGUUCAUGUCAAGAUCCAAGACCGUGACGAUCAAGUCUACCAGGUGCCCGAGGAUGUAUUCCCCAGACCCGGCGGGCGCAGUCCCGCUGCCGCGAGCAAUCUCCGCUUUGACUACAUCGCAUCGCCCUUCUCCUUCCAGAUCCGCCGCGCCGCCUCCAACGAGAUCCUUUUCGACACCUCGGCAGCCUCUCUCGUCUUCGAAUCGCAGUACUUGCGCCUGAGGACGAGCCUGCCGGAUAAUCCGUAUCUCUACGGCCUCGGCGAGCACUCCGAUCCCCUGAGGCUCAAGACGAGUAGCUACGUCCGUACCCUGUGGAACCGGGACAGCUAUGGCGUUCCUCUCGAGAGCAAUCUAUAUGGUACCCAUCCCUUCUACCUCGAGCACCGUAAGACCGGCUCCCACGGUGUCUUCCUUCUCAACUCAAACGGCAUGGACGUCGUCAUCGACAAGACCCCUCAGGGACGCCAGUACCUCGAAUACAACACCCUCGGCGGCGUCUUCGACUUUUGGUUCGUCGCCGGGCCGAGUCCCAUCGAGGCCGUCCAGCAGUACGGCAGGAUCGCCGGCACACCCGCCAUGCAGCCGUACUGGGGCCUCGGAUUCCAUCAAUGCAGGUACGGCUAUCAAGAUGUCUACGACGUCGCCGAGGUUGUGCAAAACUACAGUCAAGCCGGCAUCCCGCUCGAGACGAUGUGGACCGACAUCGACUACAUGGACCGUCGGCGCGUCUUCUCCCUCGACCCUGAACGCUUCCCCCUCAAGACGGUGCGCGAGCUCGUCUCCCAAUUGCACGCGCGCGAUCAGCACUACAUCGUCAUGGUCGACCCGGCCGUCGCCUACCAUGACUACCCACCCCUUCACCAGGGCGUCGAGAGUGAUGCCUUCCUGCGACGGGAUAAUGGCUCUCUCUGGCUCGGCGUCGUCUGGCCCGGCCUGACUGUCUACCCCGAUUGGUUCUCCACGAAGGUGGCCCAGUACUGGAACGGCGCUUUUGCUCGCUUCUUCAGCAAGGAGAGCGGCGUCGACAUUGACGGCCUGUGGAUCGACAUGAACGAGCCGAGCAACUUCUGCCCCUUCCCCUGCGACAACCCGUACGAGGUAAGCAGGGCAUACCCGCCCGAGCCGCCGCCAGUUCGGCAGCCGCCCCGGUCCCUGCCCGGCUGGCCGUGCGCCUUCCAGCCUCCGGGAACGUGUCUGAAAUCCAACGUCGAGGCGCGGGAUGUGAGAGCCACGAACCUAGAAGGCGCCGCUGCCCCUGAAUCUAAAUAUCAGUUUAACCCUGGAUCUGGCCACCCCAAAGCCGGCCAGACCCCUGAAUCCGGCCGCAACCCUGAUUCCGAGCUUGAAGAGCCACCCAGCCUCCAGCAUCGUCGUGCCAACGGUGACCGGAAAGGCUUACCCGGCCGGAACCUUCUGUACCCCAAGUACGCCAUUCGCAACAAGGCCGCGUAUCUGGAUGCGUGGAAUGCCGACCGGGGCGGCCUCUCCAACCACUCCGUCAACACCGACGUGCGCCAUGCCAACGGCCUCGUUAUGUACGAUACCCACAAUCUGUACGGAGCCAUGAUGUCAACCACUUCCCGCGAAGCCAUGCUGUCGCGCCGUCCUGGGCUGCGUCCCUUUGUCAUCACGCGCAGCACCUUUGCCGGCACCGGUUCGGCCGUCGGCCACUGGCUCGGGGACAACCUUUCCACCUGGGACAUGUAUCGUCACUCCAUUCGCUCCAUGCUCGCCUUCACCGCCCUCUUCCAGUUCUCCAUGGUCGGCGUCGACACCUGUGGCUUCGGCGGCGACGUGACCGAGGAAUUGUGCGCUCGCUGGGCCGCCCUAGGUGCCUUCUCGACCUUCUAUCGCAACCACAAUGCCAUCGGGCAGCGCAGCCAAGAGUUCUAUCGUUGGAAAACCGUCGCCGAGAGCGCUCGCAAGGCCAUCGACAUUCGCUAUCGCCUGCUCGACUACAUCUACACCGCCAUGUAUCGCUCCAACCAAGACGGUCGCCCUACUAUCCAGCCCGUCUUCUAUCUCUACCCCAACGACGCCGCCUGCUGGGCCCUCGAGCUGCAAUAUUUCUACGGCCCCGGUCUUCUCGUUGCCCCUGUCACCGCCCAAGGCGCCUCAAGCGUGCAAGUCUACCUGCCCGACGACACGUUCUACGACUGGUACUCCCACGAGCUCGUCCGCAGGCCUGGCGGCGGCGGCGCUAUCCAUACCUUUGUCGAGCAGGAUAUUACCACAAUCCCGCUCCUCAUACGCGGAGGCGUCAUUCUCCCGGCCCGCGUACGCUCGGCCUCCACGACCACCGAGCUUCGUAGGCAGGACUUUGAGCUGCUCGUCGCCCUAGACGCUCACGGCAAGGCCAGUGGUGAGCUGUAUCUCGACGAUGGUGUCUCCAUAGAUCAGCAGGGCCGUUACUCGCUUCUCACCUUUACCUACGGCGAUGGCGUGCUCUCCAUUGAUGGUGUCUUCGGAUACGACGGUCCUGCAAUAUUGUCCAAGAUAACCCUCAUUGGUGCCCCGGCGGUACGCCUGCCAGGAAAUUCGGCCCAUCAAACGGCCGGACCAGACAGGCACAGCAUGACUGUCGAAAUCCGUGUACCGCUGACCAAGUCGAGCAAUGUCCAUCUGAACUCGUAG